AAACUCCAUAAUUAUUAUUCAAAUUCUUUCAAAACGGGUCCAAGCCCCUACUUAAUCAACCCAAGGAGGACCUCUCAAAUUUUCUACAAAGGCAGUGUUUGGGUUGGGACAUCAAGCUAAGAAAGGGAAAGAGAAAGAUCACAGAAAGAGAAUUCAUCUUUCUUUGCGAACAGCUAAAAACCUCAAAGGGAAAGAAGGCAUGAAUAGAGGUGUUCUUCAGAGCUCACCAGUGCAACAAAUGAUGACUGGAAACCCUAACUGGUGGAACAUCAAUAUCAAUAGCAUGGCUCCACAAGCUCCUCCUUUCUUGUCCACUCCUAACAACUUUCCUAUCCCUUGUGCUCCCACUUCUCUUCCCUUUCCUUCUUGGCAUGAGAAUCAAGAUCUUCCAGAGUCAUGGAGCCAGCUACUUAUGAGUGGAGUGGUGGAUGAACAAGGUAAGGCUGGGAUGGGUCAGUUUAUUCAGACUAAGAAGUUGGAGAGCUGGGAGGAUCAAAUGCUAGGUCAGGCUCCAAACGCUUCUCUUGUUGAUGUUAAACAAGAAAACUUGGUUAACAGCUAUGCAUAUGGGCAUGGAAGCGAAGAACUUCAGUCAUCAAAGCCAUCUUGGUCUCCAAAAUCAUGUGUGACAACAAGUUUCAGUAGCAACAUGUUAGAUUUCUCUAACAAUAAGACAGAUGCAAGGCAUCCACCACCAGAUCUAUCUUCUGAGUGCAACAGCACUGCAGCUGGUGGGGCACUCAAGAAAGCUAGGGUUCAACCCUCUGCUACAACGCAGACUACGUUCAAGGUUAGGAAGGAAAAGCUAGGUGAGAGAAUUACGGCCCUUCAUCAGCUCGUUUCCCCAUUUGGGAAGACUGACACGGCCUCUGUCUUGUUAGAAGCUAUUGGGUAUAUCAGAUUCCUUCAGAGUCAAAUUGAGGCUCUUAGCUUACCAUACUUGAGCGGUGGAUCAGGGAACACGAGGCAGCAACAUUCUGUUCAAGGAGAGAAGAGAUGUAUAUUCCCUGAAGACCCCGGUCAGCUGCUGGAUGAAAACUGCUUGAAGAGGAAAGCAGCUGGAGAGCCGGAUACUCAAGAAGAACCAAAGAAGGGGCUGAGGAGUAGAGGGUUGUGUCUGGUGCCAGUGUCAUGCACACUGCAAGUUGGAAGUGACAAUGGAGCAGAUUAUUGGGCUCCAGCCCUAGGAGGGGGCUUUCGUUAGGAGUUUUUUACAAAUGGGGCAGCAUAUACAUAUAAAUAUGGUAGCAUGCAUAGAGGUAAAUUCAUGGAAAUGAUAUAACAUCAUGAGCAGUCAAUCUGCUAAAAAAAUCUAAGGCUGAUUGCUCAUGAUGCUAUACUUCAUUAUUCCUGAAUAAAAUGUGUGCUAGCUAGCCGUGACAGUAUUUGCAAGCCCUUGAAGACUUCAUAAUUCAUGGAAAUCAAGCUUAAUUAGUUUUCUUUAUUCUCAUUUAGCUUAAUUAAUUAAGAUGAUGGUACUAAUUAAUGCGCUAUAUUUCGAUGUAUAUGCAACAUUUGUGUGAUUAAUCAUUUGAAUGCUACUUUUUUAGCAGCAUUAAUUGAACUGAUUACCAUUAUGCUCACUA